AACCGUUACACUGGUGAAGUCAAGAUUUCUGGAGAAAAUAAUUUCAUGCACAUGUGUUGCCUUGGGCCAUCUGCCAAGUGCUUUGUUUCUCAAAUUGACAAUCAAUCAUCUGUCCACCUUGCCCCCCACUGCAGGGGUGAUGGCGGUGUGCUUUGGAUUAGCAGAAACAGAGAUUUCUUCCAGAAGCAUUGGUUUUAUUUUAUGCUGUGUUGUUUGAAACAUUUGUUUCUAUUAAUUAAUUUAUUUGAAAGUCCAGUUUAUAGAGAGGAAGAGAUAAGAGGAAAAGAGAUCUUCCAUCUGCUGGUUCACUCCCCAGAUCGCCACAAUGGCCAGGGCUGGGCCAGGCUGAAGUCAGGAGCCAUGAACUUCUUCCAGGUCUCCCAUGUGUAUAGCAGGGGCCCAAGUACUCAGGCCAUCCUCCACUGCUUUUCUCAGGCACAUUAGCAGGGAGCUGGAUUGGAAAUGGAGCAGCUGCAACAUGAAAUGGUGCCCAUAUGGGAUGCCAGGGUUGAAGGUGGAGGCUUUUCCUGCUGUUCUACAAUGUUGGCCUCUGCUUGAAACAUUUUUGAGUUAAAUAGUUUUGAGAAUAUUGAGAAGUAGGCUAUAGAGUUCACAGGAAUUGUAAAAGAAACAGGAAUUUAGUUUAGCCUUUGCAAUAGGCACCUUUGGGUCACACCCACUGGCCCUCAGCCUUUUCCGUCUCUUUUCCAUGGUGUAAGUACAUUUGGGAAGUGUGUUUCAUUUCAGGGUACCUCACAAUUGCUCUCUGAGGAUGGUGCUGAAAUGGGGGGGGGUCUGAAUUUAGAGCCAGAAAGUCUAUUUUUUUAAAAAGAUUUAUUUAUUUAUUUAUUUGAAAGUCAGAGUUAUACACAGAGAGAAGGAGAGGCAGAGAGAGAGGUCUUCCAUCCACUGGUUCACUCCCCAUUUGGCCGCAAUGGCCAGAGCUGCGCCGAUCCGAAGCCAGGAGCCAGGAGCUUCUUCUGGGUCUCCCAUGCGGGCACAGGGGUCCAAGGACUUAGUCCAUCUUCUACUGCUUUCCCAGGCCAUAGCAGAGAGCUGGAUUGGAAGUGGAGCAGCCGGGACUUGAACUGGUGCCAUAUGGGAUGCUGGCACUGCAGGUGGUAGCUUUACCUGCUAUACCACCAGCCCCGAAAGUCUGCUAUUUCAAGGCUGUGUCGUCACAGAUUCCACUGCAUCUCCAUUUGCCCUUGUUUCCAUAUUUAAAAUAUGGGGUAGCGUUACUGUCUAUUCUAGACCUGAUUGUGAGCAUUAAAUGAAGUGCUGCUGGUAAGCACAUACUAACUGCAAUUAUUAAUGUGAUAAAUUGUUCACUGCACAGCCGAGAUGGAGAAUAAGAAAACUUGGUCAGUUGGGUAACACUGUUCUCUUGAAGCACACUUGGUACAGCACCAUGGAUCUUCCCUCUGCAGAGAGUUUGUCAGAAUAUGUUAAGAAAGACUCUGGUAAGAAUUUCAGAGUCAUUGUGAGUCAUACUGAGCUCUUGUUUAAAUGCAGAUUCUGAUUCAGGGGGUCUGGAGCAGGAAGGUGGUGGCGGUAGCUCUGAAUCUGUAUUUCUUACAAACUCUCCAGAGUGAUGCAUUUACUUUUCCAGCGACCCAAGUUAAGCAGUCCCGAUUAGAGGCUCAUGGUGCACCGGGCAGUCAUGAAUACAGGUUUCAUGAAGCACGUAGCAGAUAUGACUAGUUUCCAUGGAACAUGGAGAAGUCAUACCUACAGGUUCCAUGGAGCACAAAGAAGACAUGACUACAGGUUCCAUGGAGCAUGGAGCAGUCAUGAGUACAGAGUCCAUGGAACACAGAGCAGUCAUGGCUAUAGGUUCCAUGGAACAUAGAGCAGUCAUGAGUACAGGGUCCAUGGAACACAGAGCAGUCAUGACUGUAGGUUCCAUGAAGCAUACAGCAGUCAUGACUACAGGUUCCAUGGAGCAUGGAGCAGUCAUGUCUACAGGUUCCAUGGAGCGUGGAGCAGUCAUGACUACCAGUUCCAUGGAACACAGAGCAGUCAUGACUGUAGGUUCCAUGGAGCAUGGAGCAGUCAUGACUACCAGUUCCAUGGAACACAGAGCAGUCAUGACUACAGGGUCUGGAGCAUGCAGCAGUCAUGACUACAGGUUCCAUGGAACACAGAGCAGUCAUGACUGUAGGUUCCAUGGAGCAUGGAGCAGUCAUGACUACCAGUUCCAUGGAACACAGAGCAGUCAUGACUGUAGGUUCCAUGAAGCAUACAGCAGUCAUGACUACAGGUUCCAUGGAGCAUGGAGCAGUCAUGAGUACAGAGUCCAUGGAGCGUGGAGCAGUCAUGACUACCAGUUCCAUGGAACACAGAGCAGUCAUGACUGUAGGUUCCAUGAAGCAUACAGCAGUCAUGACUACAGGUUCCAUGGAGCAUGGAGCAGUCAUGUCUACAGGUUCCAUGGAGCGUGGAGCAGUCAUGACUACCAGUUCCAUGGAACACAGAGCAGUCAUGACUGUAGGUUCCAUGGAGCAUGGAGCAGUCAUGACUACCAGUUCCAUGGAACACAGAGCAGUCAUGACUACAGGGUCUGGAGCAUGCAGCAGUCAUGACUACAGGUUCCAUGGAGCACGGAGCAGUCAUGACUACAGCUUCCAUGGAGCAUGGAGCAUUCAUGUCUAUAGCUUUUAUGGAACAUGGGGCAGUCAUGACUACAGGCUCCAUAGAACAUGACUAGUCAUGACUACAGGUUCCAUGGAACAUGGAGCAGUCUUGACUACAGGUUGAAUGGAAGACAGAGCAGUCAUGAUUAGAGGUUACAUGGAAUAUGGAGUAUUCAUGACUACAGGUUCCAUGAAGCAUGCAGGCAUGACUAUAGGUUCCAUGGAGUAUGGAGCAGUAAUCACUACAGGUUCCAUGAAACAUGGAACAGACAUGUCUACAGGUUCCAUAGUAAAUGGAGCAGUCAUGUCUACGGGUUCCAUGACACAGAGCAGUCAUGAUUACAUGUUCCAUGGAGUUUGGAGCAGUCAUGUCUACAGGUUCCAUAGAACAUGCAGCAGUCAUGACUACUGGUUCCAUGGAACAUGGAGAAAUCAUGUCUGC